CGACUGCGGACGUCAUUUUUUGCGCCAUUUUUCGUCGCGAUUCGCGUUACGUCGUUCCGUCGAUUUGAGACGCGUCGUGUAUGCAAAUACACGCGUAUAUACAUCGAAUAUUCGCGAGCUUCGAGUCGGGCGCGAGUGAGCGGAGUGCACGAUUGUCAAAUGACAAUCGAACGGCCUCGACGAUUCUGAUCCAGCGCGGGGUUUUGCGUUUUGUAGGUGGAGGGGAGAGAAGGACGCGGAUCUUUCGAAAGUGGCACACGUAGGCAACAGGUGUCCAACGCCGUUAAAUGCCGCACGCGCUUGACAGUUCGUGACAGCUGACGACGAGAAACGGGAGUGCGCAAUAAUCAUUUAUUCGUUUCGCUGAAACAACAUUGUUUAUUUCGCUCGCUGGCAGCCAGUGCCAGAUCGAGCUCUCCUUCUCUCUCUCACUCUCUCUCUCUCUCUUUCUUGUUGGAGCACUCACGAGAUUCUUCCCGAGAUGAAUUACGAUUACUUGGUGAAGUUCCUGGCGCUCGGAAACUCCGGCGUUGGAAAAACAAGCUUUCUUUAUCAAUAUACCGAUGGUACUUUUAACUCUCGAUUCGUAUCCACUGUUGGAAUUGAUUUUAAGGAAAACGAGUGAUAUAUCAAACAGCAAAUGGCAGAAGUCAACGAGUGCAUUUACAGCUUUGGGACACAGCUGGGCAGGAACGGUUUAGAAGUCUAACCACAGCCUUUUACCGGGAUUCCAUGGGUUUUCUUCUAAUCUUUGACCUGACCAAUGAGUUGUCGUUUCUUGAAGUUAGAAACUGGCUGGAACAGCUUAGGACACACGCAUAUUCUGAUGAACCAGACAUAAUUCUCUGUGGCAACAAAUCCGAUCUUGAAGACAAACGUGUCGUCAGCGAAUAUAAAGCGCGAGAUCUUGCUCAAAGGCACGGCUUGGUUUAUUUGGAGACAAGUGCCGCGACCGGCCAGAAUGUCGAGCGCGCCGUGGAAAUAUUAUUGGACCGCGUAAUGCGCAGGAUGGAGGCUACGGUGGACAAAUCGUUGUUACCGCAUCAAAAAGUUUUAAGAUGCCACGAACGCGAUACUCCACCGCCCAGUAGUUCCUGCUAUUGCUGACAGUGCCGGUAUAUGUAGUUAUCCAAAACUACUAUGCCAAAAAUCAAAGAAAAGAACAUAUUAUGAAACUGGCACUUUACAUUUGUGAAACAAAUGUAAAUUUCAUUAUAAACUUUUUCAGUUAACAUGUUUGUUGCGAAAAAUCGGAAUAUAAUUCUAUAUUAAUUACUUUUAUACAUGCCACAUUUGUAACAAAAAUUAUAAUUCUUAUAAUCUCAAAAAUUGUGAAUAUUGACGAAAAAUUGUAUUGAAAAUGAAAAUUAAUUGACAUAGUUGGAGAAAAACUUAAUAGAAAUGAUAAAAUAUGGUUUAAUUAAUAAUAUUUUGAUUGACAAUAAUAUAGAAGUUUCAGUAUUAUGUGAAUCUCAUUAUGAAUAAAUAAAUAUGCUUCGAUUUUGAAUUUAGUAAUUAAAAAAAUUUUUAUAGAAACUAUUUUUAUUAUAUAUCUUUUUCUGCAAUGAAAGAAAAAGUGUAAUUAUGCACAAUAUUUUUUAAUGUUAUAGUUUUGUGGCAAAAAUUGUGACUGCAAUAUUUAUGCAUAUAUAUAUGUUAUAAUGACGGUGCAACAAACAUGUUAAGAAACUGCGAUAAAUAUAUUUCUACAAAAUAGCUGUCUAGCAUACUUCUCACAGGAGACCAUACAUAUGAACAUUGAAAAUUUCUUGUUAUUCUAUAUACAUAUGUACUAAAUGUCUUCCAUCAUCGCUUAUUAUCAAAUGAAAGCACUCCUUGAAUUCAGCAAACCUGCCAAUGAACUCUCGAUUACUAUAUUUAUAUAAUAACGUGGAACUUUGUCUUCUACGGACAUUGUUUUUUUCGGAAUCUCUUUAACACGUUUACUCGGUCCUAAAAUUCUUUGUAUACUAUUGUCGUCUUCCACUGUUACUUAUCCUCGAAUAAUGACGUUCAUUGAAUUUUAA